UGGAGCCAGCAUGGCUGCCCCAGACCCAGCCCCGGGCUGCCUGCGUGGAAAGAAGCAGCUGCCAGCUUUCACCUGGGAGGUGAGGGCCAAUGACCGCAACUACCACAUGCAGUUCAAGAAGAAAUUUGCCUUCUGUCUGAGCAAGAAGAAGUACGCAGGCAAUGCCAUCAAGACAGCCAAGUACAACAUCUUUACCUUCCUGCCCCUCAACCUCUACGAGCAGUUCCACCGAAUGGCCAACGUCUACUUCGUCUUUGUCAUCCUCUUACAGACCUUCCCUGAGAUCUCCACGCUGCCCUGGUUCACUCUGCUGUUCCCCCUGGGCUGCCUUCUCACCAUUCGGGGGCUACGAGACCUGAUUGAUGACAUUGGCCGUCACCAAAGUGACAGAAACAUCAACAACAGGCCAUGUGAAAUCCUGUCCGGGAAGAGCUUCCGCUGGCAGAAAUGGCGCGACAUCUGCGUCGGGGACAUCGUCCGCCUGCGUAAGGAGAGCUUCGUGCCGGCCGACAUGCUCCUGCUGUGCAGCUCCGAGCCCAGCAGCCUCUGCUACGUGGAGACGGCCGACAUCGACGGGGAAACAAACCUGAAGUUCAGACAGGCCCUUCUGGUCACCCACCAGGAGCUGGUGAGCGAGGAGAGCAUGGCUGCCUUUGAUGGGAGAGUGACCUGUGAGGAGCCCAACAGCCGCAUGCACAGCUUCACGGGCACGCUGGAGUGGAAGGGCCAGACCUACUCGCUCGACAGCGAGAGGAUCUUGCUGCGAGGCUGCAAGCUGCGCAACACCGACGUCUGCUACGGCUUGGUUAUCUACGCCGGAUUUGAUUCCAAAAUUAUGAGGAACUGUGGAAAGAUCAAGCGGAAGAAAACCAAGCUGGACCGCAUGAUGGACCGGCUGGUGAUCAUAAUCUUCCUGGUGCUGCUGGUCAUAUCACUGUGCCUUGCCGUUGCCUCUGGGUUCUGGGCCAAGAUGUUCCAGGAGAAGCACAGCUACCUCUCUGCUCUCUACAAGCACACAACUCCUGCCCAGCAGGCCUUCUUCAGCUUCUGGGGCUUCAUGAUCCUCCUGAGCAUCAUCAUACCCAUGUCCAUGUAUAUAACGUUUGAAUUCAUCUAUCUGGUGAACAGCUUUUUUAUCAACUGGGAUCUGGAAAUGUAUUACGCCGCCAAGGACAUUCCAGCAAAAGCCAGAAGCACCAGCCUCAAUGAUCAGCUCGGCCAGAUCGAAUAUAUCUUCUCGGACAAGACUGGCACCUUGACACAAAAUGUGAUGACCUUCAAGAAAUGCUGCAUCAAUGGGACCAUCUAUGGUACGGGCACAGGCUGUGAGAAGCAGCAGCCAUCGGGGUCAGGGUUGACCUGGAGCCACCACGGGGAGAAGAAGUUGGACUUCUGCGACCCAACGCUGCUGGAAGCCGCCCAACAGGACAACGACCCCGUGCUGAGGGAGUUCCUGAGGCUGCUGGCCCUCUGCCACACUGUCAUGGUGGAGGAGAAGGGCGACCAGCUGGUUUAUCAGGCAGCUUCACCGGAUGAAGAAGCACUGGUGUUGGCAGCCAGGAACUUGGGGUAUGUCUUUCUGGCCCGAACACAAGACACCAUCACCAUCAGUGAGCUGGGGAGGAAGAGGACGUACAAAGUACUGGCCAUGCUGGACUUCAACAGCGAUCGCAAGAGGAUGUCUGUCCUGGUGCGAGACCCCCAGGGCAGGAUCCGGCUCUACACCAAGGGGGCUGACACGGUCAUCCUGGAGAGGCUGCAGAGGCGAGGGCCCAAUGAGACCUUCACUGAGAUGGCGCUGGAUCACUUUGCAGAGGAGACACUGAGGACUUUAUGCCUGGCCAGCAAGGAGGUGAGCGAGGUGGAGUACAGCGUCUGGAGCAGGAGGCACCAUGAGGCCAGUGUCCUGCUGCAGGACCGCGCGCGGGAGCUGGACAAGCUGUACGAGGAGAUGGAGCAGAACCUGCAGCUGCUUGGGGCCACGGCCAUUGAGGACAAGUUGCAAGAUGGAGUCCCUGAGACCAUCCAGCUGCUGAAACUGGGCAACAUCAAAGUGUGGGUGCUGACAGGAGACAAACAAGAGACCGCAAUGAACAUCGGCUAUGCCUGCAAGCUGCUCACAGAUGACAUGGACAUCCUGGAGGAGAAGGAGAUCAGUGAGAUCCUCGAGGCCUACUGGAUGAGCAACAACAACCUCAGUGGUGGCGGGGAAGCCCUCUGCAGUGGCCACCUCUCCCAGCAGCGCCCGGAGGCUUCACGCCACAAGAAGAGAGCUCUCAUUGUCAGCGGGGACUUCCUGGACAAAAUCCUCCACACGGGAGAGGUGCAGAAGGAGAAGAAGGGGCAGCUGUGGCGGUGGCUAGCCUGCAGGGCUACGGGCUCGCAGGAGGAGGGCAGUCUGGUGGAGAAGGCCUUUGUGGACUUGGCCACCAGCUGCCAGGCGGUGAUCUGCUGCAGAGUGACCCCCAAGCAGAAAGCUCUCAUUGUGCAGCUGGUGAAGAAGCACAAGAAGGCCAUCACGCUGGCCAUCGGGGACGGGGCCAAUGAUGUCAACAUGAUCAAAACUGCGGACAUCGGUGUGGGCAUCAGCGGGCUGGAGGGCAUGCAGGCCGUGCAGUGCAGUGACUAUGCCCUGGCACAGUUCUCCUACCUCCAGCGCCUCCUGCUCGUCCACGGCCGCUGGGCCUACCUGCGCAUCUGCAAGUUCCUCCGCUACUUCUUCUACAAGACCUUUGCUGGCCUGAUGUCCCAGGUCUGGUUCGCCUUCCACAGCGGGUUCACAGCUCAGCCUCUGUAUGAGGGCUGGUUCCUUGCGCUCUACAACAUUUUCUACACCGCCUAUCCUGUGCUGUCCAUGGGCCUUCUGGAGCAGGACGUGAGUGCCAAGAAGAGCCUGGAGUUCCCCGAGCUCUAUGUGAUCGGGCAGCAAGACGAGCUCUUCAACUACCGCGUCUUCAGCGUCACCCUCCUGCAUGGGGUCAGCACAUCGCUCGCCAGCUUCUACAUCACGCUCUGGGCCUUCCAGGACCGCGUGGGCAGCAGGGCUGUUGGUGACUAUGAGUCCUUCGCCGUCACGGUGGCCACGUCAGCAUUGCUAUCGGUCCUCAUGGAGAUCAUCCUGGACACCAAGUUCUGGACAGCCUUGUCCUUCCUGAUCAUUACAGCCAGCCUGAUGUUCUUCUGCCUCUUCUCCUUCCUGACCCAGAGCUUCAGUGCCUUCAGAAUAGCCCCUGCCAUCUUCCACUUCCCAGGUGCCAGCCAGAAUGCCCUGACCGACCCCUACGUCCUGCUUGUGGUUCUCCUGUCCCUGGUGGUGAACACCAUCCCCUCACUCACUAUCCGCUUGUACUGCACCAUCAUGGGCAAAACCACCAUCCAGCAGAAGAUCUGCCUGAAGGCCAGGCGGGAGCCGGAGCCCUCGGUGGAGCUACGUGCCCACGUCCCUCGCGGCUCCUUCCACCGCCGCUCCAGCUACGCCUUCUCCCACCAGGAGGGCUAUGCCGGCCUCAUCACCCGCGGGGACAGCCUGCGUGCUGGGGCCACCCGUGGGACCACCCCGGGUCUCCUGCGCCCAGAGACCACCCCAGCUUUGUCCUCCUUCCCCAGCCCCUCUGUGUAGCUGCCAUGGCACCACCCUCCCACCACGUCGGGACAGGGGAGGUGCCGUCAAGGCACAGAACUGGCUGGCUCCCUCCUUUCAUGGGCAUUUUAAAAAGUCACAUUUGGAUGGGUUUGAAGCCUGGGCAGCCCCAUGGCUGCGGAGGGGCUGGUCCAUCCUUGGUGGGGGGGCUGCUGGUCCAGGCGCUGACCCCAGGGACGUGUCCCACCAGCGGCUCCAUUUCCCCUUCACAGUGUCUGCGUGGGCUUUGGAGGACCCCGUAAAGCCAUGAAGAACCACUAACGUCUGCCUCCACACCUGUCCCCUCACCCCACAACCCCCUGCCUGGCACCCACCCCCCUUCCCUCUGCUGAGCCCCCCUGGAACCAAGGGCUUUCUCCUUCCUGGGGCUGAUCCUGCUCCAGGCUGGACCCCUGACCUCUGCUCCUCUGCCUUAACACCCCCUCUCAAUUAAUUAAAAGCCCUGAUGGAAGGCCAGCAGUGGGGCUGGGUGAGGGGCACAGUCCCUCACCCCCAGUCACUCACUCCCAUGCCAGGGGCUGAGCUGCAGCGGCUGCAUGAAGACCCUCAUCCUCCUCAUCCUCCUCACGUGGGGCUGGAUCCAUCCCCCGUGGCUUUCAACUGCAU